AGACUAUUUAAACGGCAUUGACUGCUUCAUCUUUGCUUGUGUAAUAAAUUGCAGCAAGUAUAGCGGAAUACUUUUUUUUAUUUAACUAGAAGUUAUUUUUUUUUAAAAAAAAAGGUCAAAAUGAUCUUUCUUCUGAGCUUGAUGAUCAUUGCAAAAUUAACUUGGAUCAACGGACUUGACAUUUCAUUGGAAAGAGAAUACUAUAUAGAGGGUAGAGAUUUAUUCUGUGCCAAGUUACAUUGUGUGGAGAACACAAGAGAAGAUAAUGAAAUCUCAGCUCUUGUCAACAUGUCAGUCUAUAGGAUCAGUGAAUUAGAGGGAAAGAUUAUGCUGGCGUCUGUAUCAGAAUCAGAUUCAAGAGUUCGAGAUUAUAAUGUAGCUGUAUCAAAAGUUGAUGGAAAGUUUUCAAAGGUGUUUGGAGAGUUGACUGUGUCGUUUACAAAACCUUCAGAUUGUUUUAGUACAGUGUUUGGAUGUGAUGUGUAUUACACAAAUAGAAGGGGUCUCAUUGAGAAGAAAGAGAAUAAAACAAAACCUGUUGUCCAAGAAAAUCGUAAGCCGCUGAUGUUGAUGUCCUUAGAGGCUAAAACUCCAGAGUUUGAUAAAACAAUUGAUAGAAUGUCUGAGUUUCUAAAAACAUUUAAAUAUUCUAAUCUGUUAAACAGUGCUAACUUGAAGAUGAAUUUACAGUUUUUAACAGAUGACAAACAUUCUAACCUUAGUUAUCAUAAAACAGAAUUAACUAAGGAGAAGAGUGAUGAAACCUUAGUUAACCUUACCAAUGCGAUGGAAAGUAGAUUAAACAGCUUGUUAUCUGCCCAAGGAUCUAUAAUUCAGAGACUUGAAAAUCAAAUGAACAACGUUGUUAACAGAUUGAACACCUUAAAUAGCACAAAUCAAGAGCUCACGCAUUUUAAAUACAACUUAACUGAAAACUUACUAAAAUCAAAUCAACAGAUAGAAGCAAAUAAUACAAAACUUCAAAUACAAAUUAGGUCGGUACAAAAUGUUACAAGUCUAUACAGUGUUUUACAAAAGCAACUGGAGAAACUGAACUACAGUGUGGUUAAUGUGUCUUUCGAUGUUCAGAGUUUGUCUCAAAAAUCAAAUGAAAGUGAAACUCUAACAAAAAUCUUGCAAGAUUACAAAAACGUUUUACUAACUUUGACUAAAGAAAUGAUUCAAAAUAGCACAGCGAUAUUGGAACAACGUCAAAAUCUAAGCAUUCAACAACUGGGUGAAAGCAACAAAUUACUGACAGAGACACAGUCAAAGACACUGAAUGAUUUAAAAACAGCUGUAUCACUACUAAACAAUACUGACAUCGAUAUACACGCCAGUAUGGAAGAGAUGAACAAAACCAUUCAAAACCUGAUUACAAAAUCAGAUCAAAUUGGUGUCCAAGUCAAAAGAUUACAUGGAAUUAUUGGCCCUGUGCUUAACGAAAGUGAACACUUAAAAUGUACCAAAAUGAACGAUCGUAUUUUAGUGGACAUGACGUUUACUGGAGUAGAUGUUAACAGAACAUUGUGUGAUAACAAGACUGACGGUGGAGGAUGGAUUAUUAUACAGAGACGUAUCAAAGGUGAUGUGAACUUUACAAGAACUUGGAACGAUUAUAAAAACGGAUUUGGUUCAACAUCUGGAGACUUUUGGAUCGGAAAUAGUGUAAUUUCAAAAUUGACAGAUUUGGGUUAUAAUGAACUCAGAUUUGACAUGAAGUAUAAAGGUACAGACUACUACGCCGUGUACAGAGGUUUUAAGGUAGAAAAUGAAGCAGCAAAGUAUAAGAUGAACUUUACGUCAUUCAGUGAUGGGAAUGUUGAAGACUCGUUUAAAUAUCACAACGGCAUGAAGUUUACAACCAUUGACUCUGAUAACGAUGAGUGGUCAGAUGGCAACUGUGCUGUAGACAGGAGAGGUGGUUGGUGGUAUGAGGGUUGUCACGAUGUUAACGUCAACGGUGAAUGGGCGAGUCGUGUUGUUAUUAAAGGAAUUCAUUGGGCUAGCAUUACAGCCAGGACUGACUCUCUAGACUUUGUUGAGAUGAAACUUCGUCAAAUGUAAACAACCCGAAAACAAUGCUAUGGUAAAAAAUGGAUAUACCGUUAUCAAAUUAUUUAUAUAAUCUUCAGAAACAUAAACAACGUAUCAUAUAUUAAAAUAAAUAGAUGUAAACAUUUAACUAAGGCAAUAUUUUCUUUAUGGAGAGUCUACAUAAUGAGUUUAAAAUUAACGAACAUUAAACCAAACAUUUUAUUUUAAAAAUUGAUUUUUAAAACCACAACAGAUUUUGUUUGGCUAUUAUGAUGUAAUAAAGCCAUGCAUACACUCAUCUGGAAUUGAAAUUCCUCAUAGAUUGACUGUGUGUGUGUUAGCCAUUAAAACAGAAAAAAAACCGACUAUGAUGGUGUCAUUUAUUUCUUGCAUAUUCAUAACUAGUAGUGUAGUUGUCAUCUACCACUAUAUCUUUAAUUAGACAUUCACUCGGAUCGUGUGAAGUUCAACUCCAAUAACGUGUGUAAUUUUUGUGCACUUUUUUUCAAUAACGUUUUUUCGCAUAGUUUUUCGAAAGAUGUAUAAAUGCCAUCCAAAAUCACAUAAAGUAGAUAGUAACUGUUAGUUUGGGAUCUGUAAAGCUUUGUAUUAUAAAUGUGAAAAUUAGGCGGUCAUACAGUAGAAUAAAAUUAGAUUAUUUAAGUAAAUCCUUUGUUUAAGUAGUUAAUAUUUUAUCUAGUGUAUCUCAUAUCUAGCAUGUUUGUUUAUUAAGAAAUCUCUAGUAUCACAUAUAAGUACAUAUUUGUACAAAAUAAAAAUUUAAUUCUGAAUAUGUUUGUAUUACUGAAAUUGGAAUAUUCUUUUAUUAUCGUUUUCAAGGUAUAUAACCAUGUUCUCACAAAUUAAGUGAGUAAUUUUAAUUGUUAUCUCCCGUUAACAAUUUAGUGUCGUUUGUGUUCCAUACCAUAGGCUAGAGAAAUUUCCAAUUACCUAAUUUUAUAAUUGUAUUUGUUUAGUAUGUUUACAUGGACACAAUUAACGGAAAGCAAUUAUAUGCAUUUAUAUACAUCUUUAUUAUAACGUGCACUUAAUUUUUAUAUCAAGCCUUCCUUUGUGUAGUUUAAGGAAUUGUUUGGUUUAUAUAUUUGGUUUAUAUAUUUACAAAUACAUCCGUUUA